AGUGUCACAGGGUCACCCUCUUACUUAAACUCCGUUAUAACGGUGGCAAACGCCGUCACAUACUUCUUCCGUACACCACUCAGAACAACACGAAGACGAAGCCCCAAAUAUCAACACUUCACACACCAAAACCCGUUUUUUUUUUUCUUCUCUCUUCUCCGAAGCUCACAUUUUUUUUUUUAAGAAAUUUCAUUUGAAGAGGAGAGUAAGUAGGGUUACAAUUUCUUGUUGGAAAAUUGAGCUGGCUUCUGAUUUUCUCUGUAAUUUUCCUGCGCUUAGCAGUUAUCAUGGGAUCAGCUUGUUGUGUUGCUGCAAAGGAUCAUACACUUUCCAACAGAGGUGCAGGUGAAAGUUUACAUAGAAAUGUUGUAUGUUCGCCUUCGUGGAGCUUUCGAUGGGAUAGUUGGGGCCAUGUUGCUGGUGAAAUUGAGGAUCCUUCCUUUCACACGUCACGCAGAGUUAGCAGAAAUAUCAGCAUGGAGCUCAAAGGGUCACUAAGUUCUGAAAGAGGCAAUUUAUCUGAUGGGGGAAGCACCCUGGAGAAUUCUGUAACACCUAUUUCUCAGAAGUCCCCUGUGCAUGAGCGACUGGUCGCAAAUCAGAUGACCCCAUCUUCAAAUCUUUCCUUGUCAAGCAAUUGCUCUACAGUGGUGAAAAAUUUGGCAGAAUCACCGGAAAUUGCAGAAUCUUCAAUGCCAAAUGUUUCAUAUUCAAUACCUUCAGUUUUCUCAACACCUACAACCGAUCCAUUGCCUAAUCAUAAUGAUCACAAUCUACCUAAUUCAAUGCCAUCGAGAUGGGCUCAUAGAUCUCCAGGACACCCCCUUUUGAGACAAAUAUCUGACAGCCGAAUUCUGGGUCUGAAAUCACCGGACAACUCUAUGUCUGAGGGAAGACCGUCAUUUGUACUCUCCACUUGCAGUAAUGACAUGGCAACUGGAUCCCAAUGUGGGUCAUCUGAUGGCUGGUCUAUGCGAACCUUUUCUGAGCUGGUUGCUUCGUCUCAAAAGGAACGGUGGUCUUUUGAUAGCGAGUAUUUUGGUUCAGGACGUCUUAAGAUAAGUGGAGCUAGUAGUAGGUUCUCGUAUUCACCCUCAAUGGAUUUACAAUCUUGUGGGGCUUGCUCGAGGCUCUUGACCGAGAGAUCUGCAUGGGGUAACCAGAAAUUUUUUACCAGCAGUGAUGUCUCGGUUGUUGCCGUUCUUGUCUGUGGUCAUGUAUAUCAUGCAGACUGCUUGGAAACUAUGACACCGGAGACAGAUAGUUAUGAUCCAGCCUGUCCAAUUUGUAUGGUCGGAGAGAAGCACUUGUCGAAGUUAUCACGAAAAUCAGAGAUGAAGGCCAAGAACCACAAGAUAUCCCGAAACCGGGUUGUUGACAGCUAUCUUGAUGGUGGGUUAGAUGUAUUUGAUCGCCAAAAAGGGGUUGAAUGGGGUGGGAAAGCUUCAAAGAUGGAAGCCAGCUCCAGUACAAGGAGUAACUCAGUUGGAAAACCAUUCUUAAGGCGGCAUUUUUCACUCGGAUCCAAGUGGAGCCGAUCCCUGUCGGAGAAUGAUUCUGCGAGGAAGAAGGGUUUCUGGGCACGGCAUCGUAAAGAUUGAGUUCCCACGGGCAUGUAGUUGUUAGAGGCACACCAGCUCUCUUGAUUAUACUAGCAAGUUAGAAUUCAAUAUUUUGUACUUUAGUUUAGCCUUGCCAAUAAUUUUGUAUUUAUUUCUCGUCACAAAAAAUUCCAACCAGCUUGACGUUGUUCAUAUUUAAUUGUAUGGAAUAUAACGUCCUUUGCCCUUAA